AUGUUUCGCGGCCUUUUUUCCCUCUCCUUUUGGGCCUCGGUAACUUUCGCAGCAAUCAAAUCCUCCGAGGACAACAGCGCGAUCAACAUCUCCAAUGACCGACUGUCUUUCUCCGUAGCCAAAAGCUCGGGAUCUGUGUCAAAGCUCUCCCUCGACGGACAGAAUCUUCUCGGAACCGGACGUGGCCCCUAUCUCGAUUGUCAUUGCGUUGACGACGGCUUCUGGACGCCAGGCAAUGGCGCGACAUACAAGUUGUUCAAAGGCACCGAUGGCGCUGGCAAAGCAUAUGCUGGAGCUCUGAUGAGCCAGGACUACAAAAGCACGGGAAAGGUGCUUGAGCAAUACUGGUUUCUUCGCGAUGGGGAGACAGGACUGCAUGUGUUCGCGCGGGCGAAGUACAGCAACUCGAAAACACCAAGCGGCGGGGAUCUGGGAGAGUUCCGUCAAUUGUUUCGUCCUGCUAACUCGGUAUGGACGCACUUAUCUUCAAAUGACGAGCUGCAUGCACCGCUACCUGAUACAAGUGGUUCACCGACUGUGCAGGACGCAUCAUGGUACGUGGGUGAUAAGAAAGAUCACCCGUACGUUAAGCAGUUUUCAGACUACUUUACCAAGUACAUGUUUUCUGAGGAGUGGAGGGACCAAAUUGUGCAUGGAAUGUUUGGUGAUGGGAGCAAGAGCAGUGACGGAUCGACUUUUGGUGCCUGGCUAAUAAUGAAUUACAAGGACACGUAUUAUAACGGUCCGACGCACUCUGAUCUUACGGUCGAUGGGAUCGUGUACAACUAUCUUGUGUCGAACCAUCAUGGAAACGGUGUGCCGGAGAUGGUGAAUGGAUUUGACAGGACCUUUGGACCCCAAGUCUACUAUUUCAACAAAGGCGCGAAGGGUAAUUCUCUUCAACAGCUGCGCAGCGAUGCCACAAAAACUGCAGGCAGUGACUGGACCCCCUUCUACGACUCUAUUGCACAGCACGUCCCCAACCUUGUCCCGUCUACUGGCCGUGGUACGUUCAAAGCCACUAUUGCCCUUCCUAAGGGUGCGGCUCGUGCUCUGGCCGUCCUCUCUUUAAGCGGUAGCGACUUUCAGGACAACAAUAAAGAUUACAAGGCCUACCAAUACUGGGGGAAUGUUGACGCCUCUGGUAGCGUUACAAUUGCCUCUGUCAAGGCCGGUACAUAUCGCCUGACCGUGUACGCCGACGGCAUUUUUGGACAAUAUGAGCAAGACAACGUCGUUGUCAAAGCCGGAGCUACCGAAAAUUUGGCUGUGACAUGGACCGCCGAGUCCGCCGGCACAGAGCUCUGGCGCAUCGGUACGCCCGACAAGAGCAGCGGCGAGUUUCGACAUGGCAACGAAAAAGAUACUUCCAAGCCACUGCAACCGUCCCAAUAUCGUCUCUAUUGGGCUGUCCACGACUUUCCCAAAGACUUCCCUAACGGCGUUAACUACAAAGUCGGCACAUCUAGCCUGCGUGACUUGAAUUAUGUCCACUGGAGCGUUUUCGGUGGUAAAGCGAACUACAUCCGCAAAGACCCAUACUAUACCAAUGUAAACAACUGGACGAUAACGUUCGACCUCACACAAAACCAGAUUGCCAACAAGAGCUCUGCAACAUUCACCGUGCAGCUUGCAGGCGUCAAAACUUCAGCGGGGAACAACGACGCCGCUGAUGGCAAGGCGUGGGAAAACCUCCCAUACAACGUCGUUGUGAAUGGAAAGCAGUUGCAGACGUGGACUAUUCCGAGUCAGCACUCAAGUAGCUGUGCGGUUAGGAGUGCAGCUACGUGCUACACCACGGGGCAUAAGUUUGUGUUUGAUGCGAAGACAUUAAAGACAGGGAGUAAUGAGUUUGUGCUAAGUCUGCCGGCACGCGCGACGGCACCGGAGACUGCAGUGUUGCCAGAGAGUGUGUAUUUGCAGUACGAUGCUCUGAGGUUAGAGGUUUCUUGA